CUUCUUCAAAUUACUCCACGUUUGUGUUAUGUCAACAAAGUUUGCGUUCCUCGCCCUUCUUUUGGCCGCUGUGGCCACCCUCGGAGGAGAGGCGGCCCGCAUUUUGGCCAUUUUUCCCUCCUCCUCUCCGAGUCAGGUAAACGUGUACACCGCCCUGACCAAACAACUGGCUCGCGAGGGUCACCAGAUCACAGUGCUCAGUCCCUUCCCGCAAAAAUGGGCGCCACCCGGCUACACCGACUUCGACCUGAUGCAUGGCCCAGUCAGCGAGUUCAAGAACAAAUUGGCCAUGGAGGGAUCGGUUCUGUACUCUACCGAUUGGAAAGAGUUUUACAAAACAGCCAUGUACCUGUGGAGGGUCGGCGUUGAAUUAACCGAGGCGGUCAUGACAUCCCCACAGGUAAAAGACAUAAUGAGCAAUCCAAACGGAUUUGACCUGGUGAUCGCCGAGUACUUCCUGCACGAAGCCCUGUACGGCCUUGCCCCAUACUACAAAGUGCCCCUCGUGCUUUUCGCGCCCUCUGACCUCGUUCUGACCGAUCCUUCGCCCCUAUCGUUCGUGCCGCACCCGCUACUCUCCCUAAAUUCACCCAUGACCUUCACCGACAGGCUCAUCAACGCCUUGGCCAACACUUUCUGGGCUGUUGGCUACAACUUUUUCUACCUCCCCAAACAGGAAACCAUCAACAAACAAAUUUUCGGCGAUGACGCUCCGAGCGUGUGGGACAUUGAGCCUGCGAUUAUUUUGCACAACUCGCACCCAGUUCUCAGUCAACCUUUGCCACUCAUGCCGAAUGCGAUCGAAGUCGGCGGGUUGCAUAUCCAAAGCAAACUGAGGGACCUUCCCGAGGACAUGCAGGAAUUUAUUGAUGACGCUGAAAACGGUGUUAUUUACUUUUCAUUUGGCGGAAGUUUGAAAUGCUCGGAAAUGCCUCCGGUUUUCAAAAACGCCUUCCUCGAAGCUUUCGAAGAACUGGAUCAAAAUGUUAUUUGGGUUUACGAUGGAGAGACCCUCCCUGGAAAACCGGAAAAUGUUUUUAUUUCAAAAUGGGUGCCUCAGCAGGAAAUACUUGCUCACCCCAAAACGGUGGCGAUGAUCACCCACGGCGGGAUCGUGAGCGGACAAGAGGCAGCCCACUUUGGCGUGCCCGUGGUGGCCGUGCCCGUUUUCAACGAGCAGCAAUUGCGGGCCGAAAAAACGCACAGGGAUGGGUACGGAGUGAUACUCGGCUUGCGCAAUGUGACCAAGAAUUCGUUGCUCUGGGCUAUCAAUGAAGCAGUGAGUAAUCCAAGGAUAAAACAAGCGACGGAGCAGCGAGCCCUUCUGCUGCGCGACCAGGCGCAACCGCCCCUCGAGCGUGCCGUCUUCUGGGUCGAGUACGUCCUGCGCCACAAGGGCGCGCGACACCUGCAGUCGGCGGGGCGGCGCCUCUCCUGGUGGCAGCGUCACAGCCUGGACGUGAUCGGCGUCCUGAUCACCACUCUGCUUUUGCUUCCAUUGUCACUGUGCGCGGUGAGGCGCGGGAAAUGAAAAUAAAAGGCUGCGUGUCAAGGUGGGAAAGAGUUUCGUGUGUUUUAAUAUUAAAAGCACUUGGCACAUCAAGGCACUUGAGGAAUGUCUCUCUUCACUUGGGCCGGCGGAAGUAGCGCAGCACCACGUAGCCCAGCACGCGGAACACCAACAGGAACAGCAGCAGCACCAGCGUGUUGGCCCACAGAGGCAGGUUCGCCCCCUGCACCUCCAGGAUGGCUUCCACGGGGAUGGUCGUUUGAUUUGCGCAUAUCUCGAAUUUCGACUGCAGUGCACACCUGAGGCACAGAAACAAAAACAUUAAAUUAAUCAAUUUAAUAGUUGAAAUUAACAAAAUUCAUUGAUACA